UGACCCAGAUGACUGCCAUAAAAACACAAAAGCCAGGAAGAUUAUGGUCGUUUAAGCGGUUCGGGACAUUUUGGGAGAAAGAUGUACCAGAAAACAACGAGGCGUUUUUCAAAGAGAGUUUCCGAAUGGAGAGGCCCUGCUUUGAUAUUUUAGUGAAUCGGCUUGAAGUGCUGCGAAAGAAGGACACCAACUGCCGAGCUGCAAUUCCUUUGGAAAAGCGCAUCGCCAUUGCGCUAUACACUUUGGGCUCGUCCUCUGAGUACCGAACAGUUGGCAGGCUUUUCGGUGUAGCUCCAAACAGUGUGUGUAAUAUCCUGCACGAGUUUUGCAGAGCACUUAUCGACGAGUUUUCGAAGGAGUACAUGUCGCCCAAUUACCUAACUUCCGACAAAAUUGAUGAGUGCGUAAAGGGAUUCGAGGCAAUUGGGUUUCCUCAGUGCCUAGGUGCAAUUGAUGGAUGCCACAUCGAAAUAAAACCACCAGCACCUGAGGCAGUAGACCACCAUAACUAUAAGGGCUGGUAUUCCACAGUCUUGUUUGCCCUAGUGGAUUAUAGAUACAGAUUUACAUAUGUAAAUAUCGGCUCUGCAGGAAGGUGCAAUAACUCGAUGAUAUACCAGAAGUCAAGCCUUGCAAAACAUAUCGAAGCAUCGGCAUUACUCCAAGAGAAAGCCAAGGAAAUAAGCGGAGUAAACGUCCCUGUAAUGCUUAUCGGGGACUCGGCAUUUAGGUUUUCUAAAAAGCUGAUGAAACCUUACCCGUUUUCCACAGUCGCCUCUUUGGAACAGCGCACGUUUAACUACAACCUUUCCAAAGCUAGGCGAGUGGUGGAAAAUGCAUUUAAAAGCCAGAUUUCGAAUAAUCGGAAAAGGUCUUGAUAGCCACCACAAAAAUAAUAGCGCCAUAAUAAUGAGCUGUUGUAUUUUACACAAUAUAUUAAAUAUGCACAACAGCGCGAUUAAUGAAAAUUGGGAGGUUGCAACAAAUGAGCAGCGCGAACAGCACGAUACCAGCAACAGUUCUGCUGACUUUAAUCAGUCAGCAGAACAGAUACGAUCUGCAAUCGCAAAAUAUUGUGUAGACCGUAAUGAAAAUUAAAAACUUAUUUAUUUUUAUUUUUCAAAACUUCUAAUAAGUCGUUCUGGAAUUUUGUUUGGGUGCUAAUCAAGUCCUGCACCAUCUUCUCCUGCCUAACGUCGUGCUCCUCCUUCUUUCUGUGGUGGUCCUUUUGUUGUUCGAGACGCUCCUGGGCGAUCUCUGCCAGCCACGAAAUGUCGGUCUUUUUCUUUUUCUUUGGCGGACGCCCAGACAAGGUGCUGGAGCUACAAGA